AGUUUAUAUAUAAAACUUCCAAGCCGCUAAAACCAACAAACCCUUUUCUCUCUCUCUCUCUGUAGCAGCAGAAGAAAGGAGAAUAUGUUGGAUCCAGAGCGCGAUUUUCUUCCACCAUCAUCUCCAACUAUCUCGUCCGUCUCUUCAUCUGAUCUAGACACUGAGUCAACAGGGUCUUUUUUCCAUGACAGGAGCACCUCCUUAGGUACGCUGAUGGGAGUAAGUUUCCCGGCAAUUACAGCUAGGAUUCCUUCACAGAGAGACAACAACGUCGGAGCUACCAUUGUUGGUGGUCGAGGCGAAGGGAGCGGCGGUGGGGGAAAGAGCAAAAGUGUGAAGAAAUUGAAGAAGAAAAAGGCGGUGGGGGCAAUGGCAGCGGCAGAGAGGAGGAGGGGACGGUGGUGGAGGCUUUGCAGAGACGAUUCGGCGAGGCCUGCCUCGUUGGGAGACUUCCUCGAAGUUGAACGGAGAUUCGGUGAUGGGGCAUUUUUCGGUGAGGUAACGGAGCUCGAAAGUAUCGUGCCUCCUCCAGUGCCGCCGGGGAAUGGACGGUUAUUGUUCGCCGAUGGUAGGGUCCUUCCUCCGUCUCAGCCGGAGGCGCCACCACCGACGGCUGGCGCUUUGUGUAGACUCCCAGUGUUGCUAACUGGAAUCUGUAGCGGUGGUGGAGCCGUGGAGGGCAGAUGAUGUAAUUUGUCUUUUUUUCGUAAUUUUUUCCCCUUAAAAAUUAAUUUUGAUCAUUAUUUAA